UGAAAUUUUCUAAAGAAAGUAAUGUAAGGAAUAAGAAUUAGAUACAAAAUGCACGUUUUAUAUGCCAUAAAAAAACAUUGGUGUGCUAAAACAAAAUGAAUGCAAACAAAACAAAUAUCGUAGCAGGACUGUAUUUGAUACGGGGGAGUUUAGACUAGGAAAUCAAAUUUGUAUAAAUGAGUGCAUACGUAUUAGUCCGCGGCAAUUAUUAUAUAGUUAUCGAUGGUUUUCAUGCAUUCUACGCGGCACAAACAUAUUAUGAAUUUUUAAACUUAAGUACUUACUUAAAAAUUCCAUUUGAGUUGUAACUGUUCGUUCUAACCUGGGAAAUACAACCUAAAUGACAAGACAAAUCAUAUUACAUGUCGUACAUCGUUCCAUUAAGUCAAAGUUUAUAGUAUAUUCCUAUAACAAAUGCGUAUAUAAAAUACAGUAUAUAAUGCACUAAAAACAAGCAGGCCAUUUAGAAAAAUUUUAUUUUCUGUUGACAGUUUACGUGCACAAAAACAUAACAUUUAAUCGUCUCUGGCACGUUAUGAGAUUAAGUUUAUUUUAGAUACUUCCUCUUUCGAAAAAAACAAACAAACAAUUUCGUCACAUACUGUUUUUUUCUUCUGAUUCCAGCAAUCCUUCAACUCAUUGUCUUACAGAAUACCAACAUUUCAUUACAAGUUUUUCGCUGAAAUGGCCCAUUAUUAAAUUAAAUCUUGACUAAUUUUAUUAAAAAAAUAUUUAACCAUAAUCACGAUGAUAUCCGUGUAUGUAAACAGUUACGUAACACUACAAAUGUGAAAAUGUACCCACACACAAACGAAAUUUCGUUUUGUAGCAUAAAGAUUAAUACAGUAGAUAAAUAUUUUUCAAGUUUAGUUUUGUAAUAUUUACUUUUUAUUUCCGAAGGUACAACUACUGUUUGCAAAAAUAAUGAAAAAAAAUUAAGUACUAUUAAAGAGCAUCUACAGGUUUAAAAUUUGCCAAAUGUAAUACUAUAUGAAUUCUGAGCAACAUAUUAAGUUAUUGACAACAUCUUUUAUAGUUACGUAAAAUUCAGUAACAUGCUAAAGGUGGUUCAGAAUAGAAUUCAAAAUUCCAAAGACAGUUUAAGCAUUUUUAAAUACAAAUGCGUAAUUAAUCACAUAAAAAACAUGUUAGACAUUUUACCGUGCCACCUAUUGGUCGAAACUUAUGCUAUAAUGUGUAGUAAAUAAAUCAAAAUUUCCGCAAAAAUUGCUAUAAGUGCACCCAGAAAAAACCUUAAACAAUUCGAGAGUAAAAUCAACAAACAAAAACCACUUAACUCAGAAAUAUUUUAAAAAAUAUUACAGAUGAAAAUAGACAACAGAGAGAUUAAUGAUUAAUGGACUAAAUCUAGGCAAACAGCAGAUGAAUCACAAAAAAAAGAAGGGGGGGGGGACAGGCUAUUUUUAAUUAAAUAGUUUCCUUUAAAUAAAUUUUUAAUAAAUCUUAAACUAGCAAACUUAAUGAAUAUUAAAGCAAAGGCAAAUUAAAAUUCUUUAACUACUCUAAUGAAUUAUAUUAUUUCACUUAGGCUUGCAACAUUAGCGAGAAAAAAGAAGAAGCUGGGGUUGACACAGAACCCUCUGCCUGCUGGUGAUGGUCCUGCAACACCAACCUUGCCAGAGAGCCCAGGCGGUGAAAGUUCGGUCCCCACAGUGCCAGAUGUAACCACCAUGGCGUCUUCAGUGGCGGCGUGUACAUCACGCAACACUGAUGACAGUACACAUACUCUGUCCGAUGACUAUCAAGGGAAUGAUGACCUUCCUCCGCUGAUAGUGGUUUACGAGCCUCCAUUGCCACAGACAGAUCCGGGACUCAGUAUGUUAGAGGGUCGAAUGAUGGUUGACGUUCGUCACUUCAUGGUGCAAUGCCGUCUUCUGGAGAGACACAGGUGUCCCAUUUCAUCUUCAGGAACAUAUUUUCUGGAAAGUGUCAACAGGUACGGUCUGCUGACAAAUUUUAAAUUUAAGUGCACUCACUGCAAUCAAGAGCAGCAGUUCAAAUCUGAGCCUGUGGAAUGCCUUCCAGUGGGAAGAAAAAGAAAAUGCAAAAUCGAUACCAACUUAGAUAUCAACGAUAAGAUUGUUUGGGGCGCAAUUUCGGUUGGUCUAGGCUACGGACCAUUGUAUGAACUAUUGUCACUAAUUGAUAUGCAUCCUAUGAGCCCGGGUUGCUUUUCUUAUCACGAGAACAGAAUCGGAGAGCACUGGAAGGCAAUGUUGCAGAAGGAAAUGGAAGAUGCUGCACUGGAAGAGUUCUCUAUGGCGAAAGAUGAUGGACGCAUCUGUAUGGUUGGAAAUGAGGAAUAUGCUUGGACCAUAGGAAUUUUGGAUGGAGGUUGGAGCCAAAGAUCCUAUGGUCAUAGGUAUUCUGCUAAGUCUGGAUGUGCUAUAAUAAUUGGCUUCUACACUAAGAAAUUGUUAUUCCUUGGUGUGAGAAACAAAUAUUGUACCGCAUGCAUUCGGAGCGAACAGAUGGAAAAGGAACCCACGCCUCACCUGUGUUUCCGGAACUGGACUGAUUCUUCCACUGCAAUGGAGGCAGACAUUAUAGUGGAAGGUUUCCGGUUCUGUGAAGCCAAGUACAAACUUCAAUUUAAGAAGUUUGUUGGUGAUGGGGAUUCAAGUGUGCAUGCAGCCAUAGUUGCAAAUGUUUCGUACGGAAGAGAUGUUGAAAAGAUUGAAUGUGCUAACCAUGUCGUGAAGAAUCUCAAAAAGAAUCUUUAUGCCAUAGCCAAGGGCAUCCAUAUGCGGCAUCUCAGCCAGUCGAAAAUCAAAGCCCUCUGUCGCUGUGCAAGAGGUUGUAUCAGCAACUGUGGGGGUGAUGCUAUGCUACUUCAAUCAACACUUCUAAAUGUGCCCAACCAUGUGUUUGGAGACCAUAAGUUAUGCAAUUUAGAUGUGUGUGAGAGAGCUGGUAAAACAGCAAAUCCCUGCAGUUAUGACGCAUUGCCUCGUGAAUUGAUUGUGGGAAUCAAACAAGCUUUUGACCGAGUGAGAGCAAAGUCACAAGCACUUGUAAUGGAUCUCACAACCAACCAAGCAGAAAUGUACAUGUCAUUAGUUGCAAGGAUGGCUGGCGGUAAGCAGAUAAACCGUUCACAGCAGGGGUCUUACAGCCGUAGGGCUACUGCUGCUGGUUUGUCUUUCCAACUUCGCUACAAAUGGCAUGGACAAACUAUGAAGGCGAUCACAGGUCACAGCCCUGGAGUGACUGUGAAGCGAUUAAUGGCAAAAAGACAGAAACAGCAGGCGAACUGUAGGCGAAGGUUGGAUAUGAAUCCGCAUGUACCACGGAAAUCGGAAUCAUUUAAACCACAGGGUGAUAAGAGCUAUGGUCCUCAUGCAACUCAGCCUCCAGCUUCUGGUCUUGAACUAGAAAUUCUGACUGAGUCUGUGAUGAGAAGCAUAGAGCUUACAGUGCAAGAAAGGAAUGAUCUGGAGGUGCAGACACGAGAUCAAGGAAGCAGUCAGUUGUGGAUGAAGGAGCGGAGAAAACGAGUCACUGCUUCCUUUUUCGGACGUGUCUGUAAAAUGAGGGAAAAUACUUCGUGUAAAGUGACAGUGGAAGCGAUUGUGUACAGUCGUGUAUUGGAGAAUGCUGCCACAAUACAUGGUCUAGCAAACGAGCGCAUAGCUGUCGCUUUAUACGAAGAACAAACAGGCCAUACUGUUAAACAAUGUGGUCUCUUCGUUGACCUUCAGCAUUGCUUUCUUGCAGCUUCUCCUGAUGGUUUAGUUGAUGAAGAUGGUUUGGUGGAGGUGAAAUGUCCAUACUCUGCAAGGGAACUUAACCCUUUAGAUGCAGCAAUGCAGCUGAAAACGUUCUUUUGCAGAGUUGUCGACGGCGAGCUUUGCUUGAAUCGCUCUCACAAUUACUACUAUCAAGUGCAAGGGCAAUUACACAUCACACGAAGAAAGUGGUGUGAUUUUGUCGUUUGGACAACGAAAGGCAUUUCAAUAGAAAGAAUUGUGAGAGAUGAUUGUUUCUGGCUUGAGAAAAUGGAGUCAAAAUUGUUGCGAUUUUUUAACAACUGCUUGUUGCCAGAGCUUGCUGAUCCAUGUCGUCCCAGGGGACAACCGAUUCGUGAGCCAGAAUAUAUUAUACAGGCACAAGAAAGUCGUUCAAAGAAACGCAAAAUUUCAGAUGUGUGAAUUUUGAGAGACAGAAAUUGUGUGGCUGACGAGAACUCUUUUUUUUAAUUUGAUACAGUGAUGCUUUAUAUCUGAUAAAAAAAUUCUAAUUAUUGUUUACUUCUCAUGCUUGUACAAAUUGAACAGUACUGUAAAUGUAUUUGAUGACAUAAGCAAUAGUAAGUUAUUAGCUGAUAUUGAAUACAAACAUUUUUUUUUCAUGACUACAAAAAAUAAGGUUCUCUGGUUGGCGAGUGAUUAUUUUAUACUAAUGUCAAAAAGAUGUUAUCGGGAAAAAAUAAAUGAAGUUAUUUUAUACCACUGAUUCACUACCCAUAAAAUCAAACUGUAACGUCUUUGCAACUAGUAUCUCAUACAAUAAAUAUAUAACAUAU